AUGUCACAACUCCUGUGCAUUCCGUUCAAGAGAAGUCUUCAUGUUGAUUUGGAGAGAGAGUUAUCGGAGAUUAUAGACAAGUCGUUUUACCAGAUAGCUUCAGUUUUUAAGGAUGACCUUAAAACACUUACAAGGCUUCGAUCGUCAGCUCUAGAGGCAGAAAUAUCACUCACGGGUCUUCACACUCUCCAAAACUAUUACCUACAAUUCAGUAACCUAAAGAGGAAGUUUCCCGAUCAGCAAAUUAGCUUCAAGUGGUUCGAGACGUUGGGACUGAAGUCUUAUGGCCGAGAGGAUUCUAGGUUUAUCUGCGAAGAACUUAAUAUCGUUUACAACAUCGGAGCCUUGUAUUCAUUACUUGCAGCGGACAUCAACAAUGGAACUUCGGAAGGGCUCAAAAAUGCUUGCAUAUAUUACAGACUCGCGGCGGGCUGCUUUGUUCAUAUUGCGGACCUAUUGGAACAAAUGACCGAUCCUGUUAUGGAGCCCAUUGCCGUCAAAAGUCUUGAAAGCCUUAUGUUAGCACAGGCUCAAGAGAUGGUUUGGUUGAAAUCUAUCAAGGAGGGGCUUAAAAACAAUUUGGUUGCCAAGUUGGCCUUGCAAGUCUCGGAGUACUAUUACCAAUCAUCCAAAUGUGCUUCAAGCAGUGAACUCAUAAGGUCGGACUGGCAGCACAGAUUCAAACAAAAGCAUCUUUAUUUUAAAGCUGUCGCUCUCUACCGUUAUAGUCUAUCUUGUGACGAUAAGGCGCACUACGGAUAUAAAGUGAGGGCCCUGCGCGACGCUGAUACCACGUUGCAGACAGUAAGCCAGGAUGAAGAAGCAGUAUGCAUGUUGAUAUCUAGAGUAAAAGAAAUGCUUAAAGGUGCUGAGAGGGAAAACGACCUUAUUUAUUUACAACCUAUCCCGGUCGCCCUACCUAAUCUCAAACCAACUUCAAUGGUUAGCCCUGCUUCUUUCGAAGGCUUAAAAGAUCCAUUAAAUUUUCCUUUUGACAAAAUCUUGUUCAAAGAUUUGUUGCCAAGUUAUGUCAUGGAGAGUUCAUUUGCUUUCAAGAAACGUCUAGACUUGUACAUCCAAGAAUAUAUCGUUGAUCCAUUAAUUUCUCUCAAUAAGCUUCUCAGCGAAAACUUGCCACUACAUUACGUGCCCGGAUUCCUUCAACCGAUUGAGCAAAAGGAACUGGAUGCCUGCCAAUCUUCAAUCAAAGAGAACACAUUAAACGCUGAGCAGAUCCGCGAUGUGUUGAGGCAGGUGUCAAUGAUUUUAAUGCAAGAGAGUGAUACAGACAAGUUGCUUAGGGAAAGGUAUGGCUCUCAUAAAUGGACUUUGGAGGAUUCAAGGGAAGUCAACAAUAGUUUUUGGUCGAAACACAACAAAAUUGUUUCCUUCUUACAAACCGGUAAGGCCAUCGAUGCCGAGACUCUCCAACGAUUCGAUUCUAUAGACAAACAACUUCUUACAGCGCCAAUCAACCUACCGCAGUCUAAUAAUCCGGUACUCAACGAGGUGCUGGCUGCAUUCAAUCGUCGUACUGAUUAUAUUUCAGAAGUUCAGCGCAAAGUCGAUGACAACGUUAUUUUACCAAAAAUUGUCUCUGUGUACAAGCGAACCGGCCAAAAUGAUUUUGAAGACGUAUUCACAGAGCAUCUUAAAAUAUUCCGCGACGACUUAGACAGUAUUGGGAAGGAAAAGCGUGUGAACAGGGAGCUUUUGGUUCAACUGUCAGAAGAGAGCACAAAGAACAAUAACCGAAGGCUAGACUCUGUAGAUCUUUAUGUGCAGGAUUUUAAACACUCACUAAAGCUCUUCAACGAGGUCAAAGAAAAUGUGCAGGGAGGUAACAAAUUUUAUAGCGACCUUGCUAGUUCUUCCAGCGCUCUGCUGCAAGAGGUUCAAGUGUUCGAGAUUGAAAGGAGAGAAAAAAAAAGGUCUUGA